AGCAGAAGCCGUCGUACCUUCAUCCCAGCUCUGCUGACUCUUCGGUCUCUCCUGGAACAGAGGACUGCUCACCAUGAAGCUCACCCAAGCCCUGUGUCUCUGCCUGGCCCUGGCUCUGGCUUUGCCUUAUUCGCAUCAAGAUCACGGCGGGGAUCAUGACAAUCUUGAACAUCACCAUCACCAUGAUGAUGCUCAUAUUGAACAUCACGAUCACCAUGAACUCGACCGUUGUCAGGGACUUGAGAUGGACGCUGUUGCAGUGAAUGAGGAUGGAAUCCCAUUGUUCUUCAAGGGCGACCAUCUGUUCAAGGGUUUUGACGGCAAAUCAGAGCUGUCUAAUGAGUCCUUCGCCGAGAUGGAUGACCAUCACCACCUGGCCCACGUCGACGCUGCUUUCCACAUGCACUGCGAGGAACACCCCGACCACGAGCACAUGUUCUUCUUCUUGGACCACAAGGUGUUCAUCUAUCACCAUCACAAGCUGGAGGUAGGUUACCCCAAGGAGAUCUCUGAGGUCUUCCCUGGAAUCCCUAACCACCUGGACGCUGCCGUGGAGUGUCCCAAACCAGAGUGUGACGAACACUCCGUCCUCUUCUUCAAGGGUCACGACAUCUACAACUACAAUGUCAAAACCAAGGCUGUGGAGGAGAAAGUUUUCCAGGGCAUGCCCAACUGCACGUCCGCUCUCCGCUACAUGGGGCACCACUACUGUUUCCAUGGACACAAUUUCUGCAAGUUCGACCCGAAGACUGGCCAAAUGCCCGGAAAAUACCCCAAAGAGGCACGUGACUACUUCAUGAGAUGCUCAAAUUUCAGUGAGAACAGCGACCACGUGGAGAGAGAACGCUGCAGCCACGUUCACCUCGACGCCAUCACAUCCGAUCAUGGUGGAAACAUGUACGCCUUCAGAGACCACCAUUUCCUCCGUCGAGAUGAGGGCAACCACACACUGACGGCCGACCGCACCGAGCACGCGUUCAAGGAGAUACACAGCGAUGUGGACGCUGUUUUCUCUUUCAAUGAUCAUCUGCACAUGAUCAAGGACGACAAGUUGUAUGUUUUCCAAGACGAUGAGCCCCACAAUCAAAUGGACGGUUACCCCAAGUCUGUGAAGGAAGAGCUCGGCAUUGAGGGUCCCAUCGAUGCUGCGUUUGUCUGUGAGGAUCAUCACAUCGCUCACAUCAUUAAAGGAAACCACAUUUACGAUGUGGAAUUGAACGCCAGUCCUCGUGUUGCAGUAAACAACCACACUAUUGGCCUCUUCAAGAAGAUCGACGCCGCCAAGUGCGACAGCUCCGGGGUCAAAGUGUUCGUAGGCAGCCACUUCUACCACUUCAACAGCACCAUGGAGUUUGUUGCUGCGAGGGCCCUGCCGGAGCAGCACAGAGUUUCCAUGGACCUGUUCAGCUGCGAACACUGAGAGGCUUUCUGGACUGAACGGAUUGUGUAGGUCAUCACGUACAAGACAGUGAACUGCGGAAAAGCGUCAGCACCAGCGACAUCGGACAAUAAUGAUAUGUUUCACAGGGUUUCUCUUCUGGGUCUUCACACCUCAAACUAACCCCUGUUUCUUUCUGGAAAAGUUCUGAAUUAUCAAAAGGUCAACGGUCCGCUCUUUAACAUGUGGAAAAUUAAAAUGCAUGUACAUUCAUUUUGUACAGUGUUAUGAAUAAAGAGGAGAUGCAACAUA